CGAGCCGUCGAAAGCGCCGCGACGCUCAUACGAACGACGCACUGCCCGGCUGCCACGCGCGGUUAUUUCCUCGGCCACCCGGUGUGCUUUUUUUUCCACAAAAAAGCCAAAAAGCAGGAGAUAUACCUAUCGACCUAGUUUAGUCAGUUUCUGAUCCGAAAGUAGUACCGCAGGUACCGAAGAAGAAGAACGAAAAAAAGAUGGCUUCGUCCAGUGCCGCAGUAGCCAGGAGCUCGAAAUAUUCGUACAAGUCUGGAACGCAGGGGGCCUCCGCUGACGUCAGCAUCGAGUACAGCGCCGAUCUGACCGCCCUGAGCAGGCUCGAGGACAAAAUUCGUCUUCUCCAAGAUGACCUCGAAGUAGAAAGAGAACUCAGAUCGAGAAUAGAGAGAGAAAAGGCUGAUCUCAGCGUUCAAGUUAUUCAAUUGUCAGAACGUUUGGAAGAAGCCGAAGGUGGCGCUGAAACUCAGUUCGAAAUCAACAAAAAACGCGACACUGAACUACUGAAACUGCGUAAACUUCUCGAAGAUGUCCACAUCGAAUCCGAAGAGACUGCUGCCAUUCUCAAAAAGAAACAUCAAGAAAUCGUUGUCGAUUUCCAAGAUCAAAUCGACACUCUUGCCAAGGCCAAAUCCAGGGCUGAAAAGGAAAAAUCCAAAUUCCAAACCGAAGUUUACGAACUCCUGUCCCAAGUGGAGAGCGUGAACAAGGAACGCCUCAUCGCCGUAAAGCACUCCGAAAAGCUCGAGAUCACCAUCACCGAACUCAACGUCAGAAUCGAGGAACUCAACCGCACCGUCGUAGACAUCACUUCCCACAAGCAACGUCUUUCCCAAGAGAACAUCGAACUUACAAAGGAAGUCCAAGACAUUAAGGUCCACCUCGAAAAUGCCAACUACCUCAAAUCCCAACUGGCCGGCCAACUCGAUGACGCUCGUCGCCGUGCCGAAGACGACGAAAGAAGGAGGUCCCUCCUCGAGGCCCAGCUCCACCAGGUCGAGGUCGAACUGGAAUCCAUCCGCGUCCAGCUGGAAGAAGAGAGCGAGGCCCGCUUGGACCUCGAAAGGCAACUGGUCAAGUCCCAGGGCGAGGUCCAGGUCUGGAAGUCCAAGUACGAGACCGAGGCCGCCGCUCGUGCCGAAGAAGUUGAGGAACUGCGCAGGAAGUUCAACGCCCGUCUUCAGGAACAGGAGGAGCAUAUCGAGGCUCUGCUUGUGAAAGUGAACAACUUGGAGAAGCAGAAAUCUCGCUUGCAGUCGGAGGUUGAGGUUCUGAUCAUCGAUUUGGAGAAGGCAAACAACACCGCCAGGGAAUUGCAAAAGCGCGUGGAACAGCUGGAGAGAAUCAACAUCGAUUUGAAGAGCCGUUUGGACGAGACCGUCCAGUUGUACGAACAAAGCCAGAGGGAUCUCAGAGUCAAGGUUUCCGAAUUGCAACGCACCGUCCACGAAUUGGACAAGACCAGGGAACAAAAGGACGCCUUGAUCAGAGAGAACAAGAAGUUGGCCGACGACUUGGGUGAUGCCAAAGUCACCAUCACCGAACUCACCCGCCGCCUUCACGAAGUGGAACUUGAACUUCGUCGUUUGGAAAAUGAACGUGAUGAACUCACCGCCGCAUACAAAGAAGCUGAAGCUGGCCGCAAAGCUGAGGAACAACGUUCUCAGCGCUUGUCUUCUGAAUUGGCCCAAUUCCGUCACGAAGCUGAGAAGCGUUUAGCUGAGAAGGACGAGGAAAUCGAAGCUAUCCGUAAAGCUACCAGCAUCGAAAUCGAGCAGCUCAACGCUCGCGUCGUCGAAGCCGAGACUCGUCUCAAGACCGAGGUCCAACGCAUCAAGAAGAAGCUCCAGAUCCAAAUCACCGAAUUGGAAAUGUCCUUGGACAGCGCCAACAAGACCAACAUCAACUUGCAACAGACCAUCAAGAAGCAAUCGUUCCAACUGACCGAGAUCCAGGCUCACUACGAGGAAAUCCAGAGACAAUUGCAAGUCACCUUGGAUCAAUUGAGCGUUGCCAGCAGGAGAGUACAGGCAUUGACCGCUGAAGCCGAAGAAAUUAGGGGCAACUAUGAAUCCGCCCUCCGUGGAAAGAAACAAGCCGAACAACUUUUCGAAGACGCCAGCACCCGCAUCAACGAAUUGAACGUGCUCAACGUCAAUUUGCAGUCGGCCAAGAGCAAGAUCGAACAGGAAUUGUCCACCGUCGUCGCCGACUACGAUGAAGUCACCAAGGAAUUGAGAAUCUCCGACGAACGCUACCAACGUGUCCAGGCUGAAUUUAAACACACCGUCGAAAUCUUGCACGAAGAACAAGAACGCGUCGUCAAGGUUGAAGCCAUCAAGAAGUCUCUGGAAAUCGAAGUCAAGAACCUAUCCGUACGUCUCGAGGAAGUCGAAGCCAACGCUAUCGUCGGUGGAAAGAGAAUCAUCAGCAAAUUGGAAGCCCGCAUUCGCGAUUUCGAAUCUGAGUUAGACGAAGAGAAACGUCGUCACGCUGAAACCAUCAAGAUCCUGCGCAAGAAGGAACGCACCGUCAAGGAAGUGAUGAUCCAGUGCGAAGAGGACCAGAAGAACAUCGCCCUGUUGCAGGAGGCCUUGGACAAGUCCAACCAGAAGAUCGUGCUGUUCAAGAGACAGCUCCAGGAACAGGAAGGUGUGUCCUCCCAAUCCGUGACUCGCGUCCGUCGCUUCCAGAGGGAAUUGGAGGCCGCAGAAGACCGCGCCGAUACGGCCGAAAGCAGUCUGUCACUGAUCCGCGCCAAGCACCGCACCUUCGUUACCACCAGCUCAGUACCCGGAAGCCAGGUAUACUUAGUUCAGGAAAGCCGGGCGGCAGAAAUCUAAAAAAAUUCUUCCCUUCUUCCCCCACCACCACCAGCUUGAGCAAAUCUUUUAAAACUAAAAUCCUGUUUUUAUUUGAGUUAUUAUCAUCGUUCGUGCACAUAAUAAAUCUAUUAUUAUCAAUCUAAAUAAUUAUGUAAAAUACUAUCUCUAGGUGUAAGUAUAUAACUACCACUCUCAUAAAAAUGUCUACGUUUUUUUUUAUUUAUAUAACAGCGUAUUUCUAACGAAACAUACAUUUUUCGACAAGUACUGUAUUUUUUUUGGAAAGAGUGAAAUCUGUAGGUUUCAGAUCGAAUCAACACCUGUUGGUUUAGAGAGCAGGGGUAAAAGUUAUUUGUAAGUUUCGAAUGUAUUGUGUAAGAAUAAAUAAAGUUGCUUGUAUUACAACAAAAA